AAGACCAUCCCCCUCUCCCCCCCAAUCUCGCCGCAGUUUCUCCCCUGCAGAAGCGCAGCCUGCCCAUCAUCUCUACCUUAUCUCGUCGUUCAACUCGGCUGCUCAGGGACCCAACACCAUUGGUCCGACCCAGGAUGGGAGAAAUGUUCCUUUAGGCACCGUCCGCCCCUCACCUAUGGGUCUCCGAGGGCGCCCAAUGCCUCCACCCACCCAGAAUGUGCGUCCAUUCCGUGCUUCCUCCAUACGAAGCAAUAGGUCUUCAGUUCUCACUGUGGACUCUUCCUUCUCCUCCCCGUUUCACUCCCCUCACAUGGUCCACCGUGCUCCCCAACGGAGGAGAGAAUCUGGCCGAUAUCCUACUCGUCCUGUGGCCCGAGGACGGCCCUUCAGGGCCCAGCAGUCUAUAAGAAGCAGGCCUCCCGCCUCUCCACAGCCUUCCCUUAAACACAUGUCACAUCCUACAUCCCCGCGCUUCUCUCCUCAACUUUCUCAUCAGUCCUCCCCUCUUCUGCCCCCUCAAUCUGCCCAUCAUGCAGCCUAUGCACCAGAGAUGUAUGUGUCUGGCGCCUAUGCUGAUCCUUAUACUGAGCCAUCAUAUCAGUUUCUCGCCCCCUCUUCCCCCAUGUUAUCUGGUGCUUUGCAGAACCAGGCUAUCAGACAGGCGUCUUUUGCUUCUCCAUUCGGCCCAGAACCAUCCCAGAUGGUGGACAUGGGUGGGAUGGUUACAGAAUAUGUUGAACCUUAUGCUCCCUCAUCGCCUACACUCUCUGGUGCAAUGCAAAACCAGGUAAUCCGGGAUGCAUCCUUGGUUUCCACACUGCCAUCAUCAAUGUCCCCUUAUGAGCAGCCCAUGUCCCCUUCAUCUCCUAUGUUGUCUCGGGCUCUGCAAAAUCAAGCUAUAUUGGAUGCAUCUUAUGCGUCACCUUUACAAAUGCCGUUGUCCCCUUAUGAACAGCCUAUGCCCCCUUCUUCCCCAAUGCUGUCCGGAGCUUUGCAAAACCAGACAGUGAGAGAAGCCUCCUAUGUGUCUCCACUUCAAAGGCCUCAGUCCCCAUAUGCCUCGUCCGUACCUUCCACUCCAAUUCUGUCUGGAGCUAUGAGACACGGUCAGACACUGAGAGGCGUGGCUUCUUAUCAAACCCCACAGUUCCACUCACCAUACGGACCAACUGUUGUUACUCCCUAUGAUUACAUCUCUGAGCCUGGCCCGUCACCACUUCUUCAUGAUGCCCUACAGAACCGUUCUCAUUUGCAGAAUGUCUCUUCUCUAAGAUCUCCUAUGAUGCAACGGCGUAACCCUUGUGCACCAGCUGGCCCUCAGCUCCAUAAUGCUCUUCAACAGAACCCAAACUUACGACAGGCGUCUUAUCGGACACCUGUACAACUUAGACGGUACCCAUAUGGACCCCCGCCAUCCCCUUCACCAAUGUUGGGAAGUGCCCUUCAAAACCGACAGUUAAUGCAGGCAUCGUACCGGCUGCCAGAUGGAACCUUGGUGUCACCAUAUGCAGCUUCACCUUCCUCCCCGUUGCUCGGACGUGCCUUGCAAAACCAACAAGUCCGUGGAGCCACGUACACUUUGCCCGAUGGAUCAGUUAUCAGGGACCCGCGUAUUCCCCAGAAUCACAUGUCUCCUAACCUCUCAAGAGCCCUUCAGAACCAGAGUGUCAGGACUGCUGCAUAUACUCUCCCCGAUGGCACCAUUGUAGACCCGAGACAACAACAACCCAUUUCCCCAAACCUGGCCAAGGCACUCGGCAACCCAGCUCUGCGUGAAGCCUCCUAUUCUCUCCCCGAUGGUACCAUUGUGAUUGACCCCAAGAAACCAAAGUCCCCAAACCUUUCAGCAGCUCUUCAGAACCCUUACCUGAAAGUUGCAUCUUACACCCUGCCUGAUGGUACAAUCAUCAUUGAUCCACGGAAACCGGUCUCUCCAAACCUCUCCGCCGCCCUUCAAAAGUCUGCCCUGCGGAACGCCUCCUUCACACUACCAGAAGGGGUCCAUGACCCCAAUAGACCCCUUUCACCCAACCUGGCUAAGGCCCUUGGUAAUCCAGCCCUGAAAGGAGCUUCAUACACCCUCCCAGAUGGAACUAUUAUUGUAGACCCGAGGAAACCAAAGAGUCCAAGCCUGGCUGCUGCACUACAGAAUCCUUACCUUAAGGGUGUGUCCUUAACCCUGCCUGAUGGAACAAUCAUCAUUGACCCACGAAAACCAGUUGGCCCUGACCUGUCCAGAGCUCUCAUGAAUCAGAACCUGCGUAGUGCUUCGUACAUCCUCCCGGAUGGAUCCCUGGUUAUUCCGGGCCAAAAACCCUCUACUCCAAACCUUUCAGCCGCUCUCAGGCAAAACCAUGCACUUCGGUCGGAAGGUCUCUAUCAUCUCAGAGAAAACUCUGUACUGUCCGGCACACCCAAACCCACCCCUCCUAAUCUAUCCGCUGCACUGCGGAAAGACGAACUCCGUGAUGUCAAAUAUAGGCUGCCUGACGGCUCUGUUCUCACACGCCGUUUCCACGUCCCAAAUCUGUCUGAAGCCGUCCAAAACCAGCAGCUUCGCUAUGCCUCAUACAGGGUGCCAACAGGCCUGCAGGGAGAGGAUAAUCGCUACGCUGUGGUUCCUCCGUAUGGGCCGAGCUCAGGACACUGGGCCAGAAAUGCCCAUGGUGGAGGGCCAGGGGGGGAAGAGGUCUGGGCAGCUGAGAGGGUUCUACCACACGGGACGGUCCAGAAUCUGUCAAAGUGGUCCAUGUACAGAGAAGACGGGUUGUUGGAGGGAUAUUCACCCUCACCUCGACCGGUGGACGGACAGAUCCAGGACACUAACUGGACUCCCAACAGAGAUAGGGUACCUGGUCAAAGCUGGUAUGACAAGAUCUACUCUAUCCUAAGCAUGCCCACAACAGGCCAUCGGGCGAAAAGCUGGGCGGAAGGAAUGGAGGACAUGACACAGCUGCCUGAGCUGAAUGAAACCACAGUUCUGAUGAACCUGAAGAAGCGCUUCGACCAGGAACUCACAUAUACUUACAUAGGCAGCAUCCUCGUGUCCGUCAAUCCCUACAAGUUGCUCAACAUUUAUGGCACAGACAUGGUUCUUCAGUAUGAAGGUCGCGGCCUGAGUGACAACCCUCCUCAUCUUUUUGCCAUUGCUAGCCUAACAUAUACCACCAUGAUGGAUGCCAAACGGGACCAGUGCAUUGUAAUCAGCGGAGAAAGUGGUUCAGGAAAGACCGAAGCUACUAAACUGAUCCUGCGUUACUUGACAGCCAUACACCACAAAUGCAACGUCACACAACAGAUUGAGAUCCUGGAGGCCACGCCCCUGUUGGAGUCUUUUGGGAAUGCCAAAACAGUGCGCAAUGACAACUCUUCACGCUUUGGCAAAUACACGCAGAUCUACAUGGAGGAGGGUGUAAUCGGCGGUGCCAUAACGUCUCAGUAUCUGUUGGAGAAGUCCCGCAUUGUCUUUCAGGCCAAAUCAGAGAGGAACUAUCACAUCUUCUAUGAGAUGUUGGCAGGUCUUCCUCCUCACGAGAAGCACUCACUGUAUCUGCAGGAAGCUGAGACUUACUACUAUCUGAAUCAGGGAGGAGAUUGUACCAUAGAGGGAAAGGAUGACGGGAUGGACUUCAGGCGUCUGCUGAGUGCCAUGGACAUCCUGCGUUUCACCCCGGAGGAGCAAACAAGCAUUUACAGACUUUUGUCGUCCGUCCUUCAUCUGGGGAACGUCUACUUCCAGCCACAUCAGGCUGAGGGUCAGGAGGUCGCGGCAGUGGUGAGCGCGCAGGAGAUCCGGGUGGUCGCUGAGCUGCUGCAGGUCUCACCUGACGGCCUGCAGAAGUCCGUCACCUUCAAACUGACAGAUACUGUCAGGGAGAAGAUCCUCACUCCGCUCACAGUGGAGAGUGCUGUGGAUGCCAGAGAUGCCGUUGCCAAGAUCCUCUACUCGCUGCUGUUUAGUUGGCUGACAGAGCGCAUCAACGGCCGGGUCUACCCUCGCAACGAAGCCCUCUCCGUCUCCAUAUUGGACAUCUAUGGAUUUGAGGAGCUACAGGUGAACAGUUUUGAGCAGCUCUGCAUCAACUACGCCAAUGAAACGUUGCAGUUCUUCUUCAACAGGGUCAUCUUCCAGGAGGAGCAGGAGGAGUACAUGCGGGAGCAGAUCAAGUGGCAGCAGCAGACCUUCAGCCACAACCAGGCCUGUCUCGACCUCAUUGCUGCAAAGCCUCAUGGGAUACUGCGCAUACUGGACGACCAGUGCGGUUUCCCUCAGGCAACAGACCACACCUUCCUCCAGAAGUGCCACUAUCACCAUGGAAACAACCCGCUGUACGCCAGGCCAAAGAUGCCGCAGCCAGAGUUCACCCUGAAGCACUUUGCUGGGAAAGUCACGUACCAGGUGCACAAAUUCUUGGAUAAGAACUUUGACAUGGUCCGCCAGGAUGUUUUAGACCUCUUCAUCCAGAGCAAGAACAGAAUGGUGUCCGGUCUCUUUUUAAAGCAUUCAGAGUCUACUUCUAAUGCGCGGCGCAGCAGCGCGGCUCGCCGCCAUCAGGCCAACACGGUCAGCGCGAAGUUCCAGAGCAGCCUGCAGGACCUGCUGGAGAAGAUGGAAAGGUGUAACUCUUAUUUUGUACGAUGCAUCAAGCCAAACCAACAUAAGGAGCCAGGAGUGUUUGACAUGGACUUGGUCAACACUCAGCUGCAUUACUCUGGCAUCAUGGAGACCAUCCUUAUCAGGAAGGAGGGUUAUCCAAUCAGAAUGCACUUUCACCGCUUCCUAAAAAGGUACAAAGCCCUGCUCUGCAUGAAGGAUCCUCCACCGGCAGAAGGAGAAAACUGUGUCAUCAUGCUCCACAAGCUCUGUCCCGUCAAGAGCGGCUCGUAUCAGCUGGGAGUCAGUAAGAUUUUCCUGAAGGAGGAGCUGUAUCAGCUGUUGGAGGGGAAGCGCGACCGUUUGCUCAACUUUGCCGCCCUGACGCUGCAGAGAUACACCCGAGCGGGUUUCGUCAGGAGGAAUUUUGCCAAGAUGCGGCGGCGGAUGAUCCUGUUUGAAAGUCGCUGCAGGGGAUACCUGGCCAGAAAAAGGUUUGCUCUGAGGAGGAAGCAUCUCACCAGGCUCCGCUCUGCCGUGCUGCUCAUCGUCAGCUGCCAGCGUUACAUGAGGACAGUGGUGGAGCCUGCAAGGAAGGCGGAAGAGGAUCGCGUCAACAGAGAGGUGGUGAAUGUCACAACGCUGCCCGUCCCUGCUGAGCUGGCCGUUCUGCUACAGGCAGCCUCAGGUGGGGAGGAGCUACAUUCUGACUGCUUAGCGGUGGUCCAGGCUCCAAAGGUACAGGUUGACCCCCAGCUGACCCUGCCCCUGGAUAUCAACAACUACCUCAUGACACACUACAUCCGGGCCAUAUUUAGGGAGCCAAUGUUUGGGAUGCUGACGGCCCCGCUGGAGAGUUCACUGAUUCGAAUGGAUGAGGAGCUAAAGCAAGGAGCUCUGAACGUCUUCGUUCUGAUACUAAGAUUUAUGGGUGACCCAAACUUGAAUGGCGCCCAGGAGAAUCUGUUUGGGAACUACAUCAUCCAGAGAGGACUGGCCAAUCCCAGCCUCCGAGAUGAGAUCAUGGCUCAGGUGGCAAAUCAGGUGUGGAGGAAUCCUAACAUUCUGAACUCAGAGCGUGGUUGGCUCCUCCUCUCCUCCUGUCUCUCUGCCUUCCUGCCCUCUCAAAGGCUGGCCAAGUACUUGCUGAAGUUCGUGUCCGACUACGGGCCCGAGGGCUACGACUGUGUGUGUCAGCACCGCCUGCUUCAAGCUCUGCGGCGGCUGAGUGUCGGGCCAGAGCACGUCCGGACGUACCCGCCCUGUCUGCUAGAGUGGACGGCCAAUCGCAAGAGAGCUCACACCGUUCUGCACACACACUGUUUUGAUGGUGUGUCCUUCCUGUGUCCUCUACACUCCUGGACAACAGGAGAAGAAAUGGCCAAAGACAUCUUACAACACAGGGGCGUGGUGGACGGGCACCGAGGCUGGUCGGUGCUGCUAAAGGAGCCGGCUCAGUUGGUGGAGCUGGAGGGCUCAGACUACGUUCUGGACUUGAUGUCGGACCUGGAGCUUCCCGCCGACUUCCCCAAACGCAGCAGCUACUUCAUCAUCUCUGCACAGGAACCAGGCAGAGUCCGGCCGAAUGCCAGCAUAAGCCUGCUGGGCGGCGGCUUUGACACAAGGGGUGAUUUCAUACCUUCAGCCUUACCUGGAUUUGAUGGACAAGACUCGGAGCGUCAGAGAGGGAUGGAUCGUUAUCUCGACAGCCUGUUUGACCCCGUGCUGUCUGAGGAGGUGGAGUCAGCUGCAGGACUGUCCAGCAGGAUGAAGGGUGUUGGGGGAGUCGGAGGGGGGUGGCAACAGCAAGGCCAGUCAACCGGCCCCCCGCCUCCACCCGGGGCUGUGCGAGUCCUUCCCGUGGGAGGCGUGAUGUUGCCUCCCGUCGCCGCCGUGGCACCUGUAACACCUGAUGCCCGGCAGGCUGUUUUGGCGCAGCAGCAGCAGCAGCAGCAGCAGGCCAUCGUGAACCAGCAGGCCGUCAUCAUGGCCCAGCAGAUGACCAUGCAGGCCAUGGCCGUCCUGAACAGCCCGAUGACGAGCCCCCCCACCUCCCCGGUCACGAGCCCUCCCAUGAGCCCCCUGCUCCACCACCCCCCCAGCCCGUACGCCCCCGCCAGCCCCUACGCCGGCGUACCACAGAGCCCCUACGCCAACGUCCCACCGAGCCCCUACGCCAACUUCACUCCCAGUCCCUACGCUGCUGCUACGGCGGACGUCCCGGCCUGGCAUCCCUACGCCCCCCCUGCCCGACCGCCACAAACUCCGUCGCAGCCUCAGGCUCGGCCCCCCCCCGCUGAGCCUCGGCCUAAGCCGAGCUCCACCACGACGUACAGAACAGAGCAGGCGCGCGACGCCGACCGGGUUCAGUCCGGUAAGGACAGCGUCCCUCGGAGGAAGGCUCCGGGCGUCCCCAUGAACAAGGACACACCAGUCAGAAAGUUUGCUCCUGUGGUGACGGCUCCCCCGCCUCCUGCUGGAGAGGUGGUGAAAUACUCGGCCCGGACUUCAGAUUUCCUCGUCCCCAGCCAAGAUAUACAAGACAUCAUCAAAAGGUACAACUCUCCACCUCCACCGGGAGACCUGCUGCCACACGAGAAGAGGAGACCAGAGGGGAAGUUUAAGAAGAAGCAAACCCCUCGUGAUGAAGCUUUACAGAUCCUCAAACCGCAGAUGGACAACCCUCCUGCUCCACAGCCCAAACGCCCUGCUGCCCCCCCACCAUCUGCGUCUGCAGUGAAGGAAGCAGGAUUCAAACCCACCACGAAAGCAAAAGCCUCCGAUCGUCCCCUCCCUGUUCCCCCUCCAGUUUCUCGAGAGCUUCCCGUGGAGACGAGAACCAUCCAGACGCAGCUCCACCAGAGAACCAACGAGGAGCACUACACCUACACCAAUGUUCCCUGGAGGUUGUACCUCAGGAAGGAGGUUUUUUACCCCAAAGACAGCUUCAACAAUCCUCUGGUGCUGGACCUCAUUUUCAAACAGAUCGUGAACGACACUCUGUCAGAGGAGUGUGUUCGCAUCACCAGGGAUGAAAGACAGAGAAUGAAGGCUCUUUUCGCUAAACACGGCGUGGAGCAGAAUAUGGAUCCGGUGGAGGAGCACGUCAAGAAAACAAUUGUGUCGGCAGCCAGAGAAACCUGGGAAAUAUACUUCUCCCGUCUGUUCCCUGCCUCGGGGAGUGUAGGAACAGGUGUGCAGGUGUUAUCAGUGUCCCACGGUGGAAUAAAGCUGUUGAAGACGGUAAAGAGCAGCGCUGCAGCUCCAGACUACUUCAGAGUCCUACGGCCCUACACCUAUGCGGACAUCCUGUUUGUGACCAUCCCGUCUGAAAACAUGCUGGAGUUCAAUCUGACCAACGAGAAACUGAUCCUAUUCUCAGCCAAGGCACCGCAGGUCAAACAUCUCGUAGACACCUUCAUCAAUGAGAUCAAGAAGGACUCUGAUUAUGUGAUCGCAGAGCGAAACUUUGUGGCAGACGACCGCUCGAUGCUCAGCUUUCACAAAGGCGACGUCAUCCGGCUGCAGGUUAUGGACGGGCUGGAGAAGGGUUCCAGCUACGGCUGUGUGGUGAGGAAGAAGGUGGUGUUUUUGGAGGAUCUGAAAAGAGACACUCAGGACUUUGGUUGGAAGUUCGGCGCCGUGAUUGGCCGCUCCGGCGCGUUUCCGGCCGACUGCGUGCAUCCCGUCGCUCCCCCCGGCUUCCUGUCGCUGCCCCUGGACCGCCAGGCAGAGCCUCGGGGAGGAGCGGGACAGUUCGCCGUGUCGUCGGCCAUCGCCGUUGCCGUGGCAUCCACCGCGGCGGCGCACGAGAUAGAUCAAACGAUUGAGAAGGUUUCCCUCGACCAGUUUCCCGAAGGAGAUCUGGACGAGAGGGCCCUGCAGGACAGCAAAUACGACAUGUCCGAGUUUGCCAAGAUGUUCUUCAGGCAGGCAGCCAGGGGGAAGGGAGAUUCCUUGAAGAGCAAAAGCAGGACCAGAGACUCCAGAGAGCCCACUGAAAUGAUCAAGUUCUCCAAGACUCCUCUGACUGAGUCUCUGAUAGAGUUCACCGAUGCAGCCAUGAACAGGGUGGCAGCGGAUCUCUUCCUGUUGCUGAUGCGUUUCAUGGGGGAUUCUCCAUCAAAGGGACUGACGGAGCAGGAAGUGGUCAACAGCAUCCUCAAACUCAUAGGAGAGUUCCCCUUGAUGAGGGACGAGGCUUACUGCCAACUCCUCAAACAGCUCACGGCGAACACCAGCUUAAAACCUGACAGUUGCCAACGAGGUUGGAGGCUGCUGUACCUCCUGACCGCUUACCAUCGCUGCUCUGAGGUCCUGAAGCCCUUCCUGCUGAAGAGCCUGCAGCAGGCUUCUCGCAGCGCCGGCGCGCAGUAUCAGGGCAUCGCUAAAGCGUGCGAGCAGAACCUGAAGAAGACGUUCCGGUUCGGCGGACGCAUUGUUCCACCCAACAGCAUGGAGCUGAAGGCUGUGAUGGCCGGACGGAGUUCAAAGCGUCAGCUGUUUCUGUUCCCCGGAGGCAUCGAACGUCACGCGAAAAUCAAAACGUGCACCGUUGCCCUGGAGGUGAUUGAGGAGCUGUGUUAUGAGAUGGGUUUGCACAACUUGGAGGCCAUGGAAGAAUAUGCCAUAUUUUUAGUCACCAAUAGAGGUCAGAAUGUGCGGCCUCUGAACAAACACGAGUACAUCCUGGAUGUCGCCACGGAGGCCGAGGUCGUCGACGCCAACUACAGCUUCUGGUUCAGACGAGUCGUCUGGACUCAGGCGCUCAAGUUCGACAACGAGCUCCGUGUCUCCAUGCACUACAAUCAGAUCCUGCCAGACUACCGCAAAGGCCUGCUUAACGUUCUGACGCUCGGAAAGGUGAGCGAUCAACAGUUCCAUCAGAUCUCCAAGCUGGCAGCUUUGCAGCACAGAGCCAAAGACGUGGCGUUCAUCCCGAGCAUACAUGAACUAUCGGAGUACAUCGCCGCGCCGCUGUUCAAGAAGCAGCCGCCCCAGCAGUGGGUUACCAUGGUGACGCAGCACAUGCAGCAAGUGCAGACCCUGAACCCGCACCAGGCCAGAGCACAGUUCCUGGGGUUGAUCAGUGCGUUCCCCAUGUUCGGCUCCUCGUUCUUCUAUGUCCAAAGCAGCAGCUCCACCACCUUCUACGCCCCCUGCAUCAUCGCUGUCAAUCAACAUGGCCUCCACUUCCUCCACAAAAAUACUCACGAGCUGAUGGCAGUGGUCCCCCUGGUGGAGGUCCAGUCCAGCCGCACCCAGAGGCCCACAGCUGGAAGGAGUUACCCGUACGUAGACCUGACCCUGGGGGACGUGAGCACACAGCGGGUCAUUCAGCUACAGCUGGAGCAGGGGCUGGAGUUGUGUCGAGUCAUCGCCAUGCACGUGGAAAACAUGAUGUCCGCGCGGGAGAGGCGACUCGCCCUGCCACCCAGCGAAAUCACCGUGUUAUAGCACGGGCUUCAUUUCACGUGUGAGCAGAGUAAUGAGGAUGAAACCUGUGUAAAUAGCCUUCCUCCUCUGGCCUGCAGGGGUUCUAAUAGUCUAUGUGAAUGAGUAUGUUUACACUGAAGUCAGUCUCUUUUACUUGAUUAUUAUGCUGCAUUGACUGAACAAAAUGUAUACUGCGGACAGUGAAAAGUAAAUAUUAGUCAAUGUUUCUUUCAGGUUGAUGCCUUUAUUUUUACACGCGCUACUGUAGUUUUGAAAUGGACAGAAGGGGUUAAGCACCACAGGCCUGUGCCUUGUCAUUAUAAAGUUUUAUAACUGAUAUGCAACAUGCUUUUUUAUCUUUUUUUAGAUUGUUUAUUAUAAACACUUGAUGGUACAGUUUUUGUAUUCACACAAUGUUAUUGCAUCAACUUUCUUUUUUGUAAAGAACAUUUUAUCUAAAUAAAUUCUGUUUUUAUGAGAGCGACAAA